CUUCUCAUCUAAAAAGCACCACACCAACCCAAGUUUGCUGAAGCAAAGGGUAGUUCGAUCGAUCGGAUCAUAUGUGUUGUUUGGUGACACAGUGACUGAGAUUUCAAAGAGAGAGGCCAAAACUUGGUUCUUUUUUCAAACAUUCGUCGAUCAAACCCAUAGUUGCUUCUGAUAUACCCAUCGAUCAAUCAUCGAAAUUCACUUCAUUUUUUUUUUUUUUUGUUUUUUUUCGUUUUUGGACUUUGUAAUUCAAGAUUUCAAACCCAAGCAGACUUGAGGGUUUGUUAAGGUUUUACAGAGUCGUGAGGGUUUUUUUUCAUUAAACCUUUACGAUCUCUGAAUCUUCAGAUCUUUCGACUCUCAUUUUUGAAUUUCUGGCACAAACCCAUCUCGAUCUUUUCUCAAGAUGAGUAUGAUUUCGUCUCUGAAGCAGUCUACGGUGACCCUAACCGGUUCCGAGAUUUUCCGGCAAAACUCGCCGGCACCGACACGGAGAUUCUCGGUUUUACCUCCUCUCCCUGCGUUGGAAAGUCACCGGAAAAGCCCUAUCGUCUCGAUCGCGAAACCCUUGUUUGUUUCUUCGAUUGAGGGUUUUGGGUCUUUGAAGACAUCGUCGAAGUUAUCUCUGAUCACAUGCAAGGCCUACGAGGCGGAUCGAUCGGAGCCGAUCGGUUCAAACGUCGAGAAACCGAAGCAACCAUCAGAGGCAGCUAAGAAGCUCAAGAUCGGUAUCUACUUCGCGACAUGGUGGGCUUUGAAUGUGAUCUUCAACAUCUACAACAAAAAAGUACUAAAUGCUUUUCCUUUUCCAUGGCUUACUUCGACUCUAUCUCUCGCUUGUGGAUCUCUCAUGAUGUUGAUCUCUUGGGCUACCAGACUAGCCGAAGCACCAAAGACUGAUUUCGAGUUCUGGAAAACCCUCUUUCCUGUUGCUGUGGCGCAUACAAUUGGGCAUGUGGCUGCUACAGUGAGUAUGUCAAAAGUUGCAGUGUCGUUUACUCACAUCAUCAAGAGUGGUGAGCCUGCUUUCAGCGUGUUGGUGUCGAGGUUUCUCUUGGGUGAGACGUUUCCCGUGCCGGUUUACUUGUCCCUUGUUCCGAUCAUCGGUGGCUGCGCUCUUGCUGCUGUGACUGAGCUCAACUUCAACAUGAUUGGAUUUAUGGGGGCCAUGAUAUCAAACUUGGCAUUCGUAUUUCGCAACAUAUUUUCAAAGAAGGGUAUGAAGGGGAAGUCAGUUGGUGGAAUGAACUACUAUGCAUGUCUAUCUUUGUUGUCUCUCUUGAUUCUCACGCCAUUUGCAAUUGCUGUCGAGGGACCACAGAUGUGGGCAGUUGGAUGGCAAAAUGCUCUUGCACAAAUUGGACCCCAGUUCGUUUGGUGGGUGGUGGCACAGAGUGUGUUCUAUCACCUCUAUAAUCAGGUCUCAUACAUGUCCCUGGACGAGAUAUCUCCCUUGACAUUUAGCAUUGGAAACACCAUGAAGCGUAUAUCCGUCAUUGUCUCCUCUAUCAUCAUCUUCCACACACCUGUCCAACCCAUCAAUGCUCUUGGAGCAGCCAUCGCAAUCCUUGGAACCUUCUUGUACUCCCAGGCAAAGCAGUAAGAGAGCUGGGACGGGGACUUUACUACGAAUGUCUUGUAUUUUAUAUAAAUGAUUAGAGAAAUAAUGUUGCCAAGAUCUGUUGUGCGUUUUUUUGUGAUCCAUCACUACUGUGGAUCAGGAGCUUUUCUUUUUGUAGAUACAAUAAUAAUGAGCUGGAGAGAACUUUAAUAUUAUACAGGUGAUUAGGGUUUUCCUUUCAUUUUUUUGUUUUGUUUUCCUUCCACCAGUCUUUCUCCUUGAAAAGUGAAGAGAAUUCUCAAAAUAAUCAGGAACAAUUUGUAGGUGUUUUAGGCAAAGCAAUUACAAUGGAAUGUAUUACCAUGAAAUUCAAUUGUUUUGUACUUGAUGAAAUGCAUGGAGAUGUUUGGCA